AUGCGUGUCUUGUCACUUUUUGCCCUUGCGGCGCCCCUUGUUUCGGCCAUCCAGUUUCACGAACCGGUGGCUAACUCUACCCUGAAAAAGGGGGAGACGUACAGCGUGAAGUGGAGCAGCGUCGACACUGAUCCCGCCGUGUUCAGCAUCUUCCUGGUCAACUUCGUGGACUGGCCCCCCUUCUACACCCAGGUUGCCUCCGACGUGCCAACCUCAGAGGGCGAGCACCAGGUCACCGUCCCUUGUGAUGUCAACACCUCGUGGGGUUUCCAAUUCAACGCCAUCAACGGCACCAACGUCUUCGUCAUCCACGCCCAGACCUCCAAGUUCUUCGUCCGCGAUGGCGCCUGCAACGGCGCCGGCCCCGUUUUGCCCCCCGACGAGUCGUCCUGCGUUCCCGUGACCGUGACGGAGACCGCCAUCAGCACCGUCACCGUGUCCCCUUCCUGCUCUCUGCUGCCCUCCGAGCCCGCCACCACUGUCGUUAUCCCUAGCGCCGAGCCCAGCGUCCCUUCGGCUUCGACUCCCUCCAACCCUGAGCCCACGGAUGCCGAAUGCGAUGCCGAGGAGGGUACUGGCUCGGAGGAAGGCUCGGAUGCUACCCCCACGGAGUCUGAGGAUGCCGCGGAACCGACCGUGACUAGCCCCCCUGUGGUGAAUGGCGCCGAUGAUGGCUCGGAUGAGGACGGCAUCACCAGCACCGUGUACUCGACCGUGUACCGGGACAUGUCCGAGGUUGAGGACUGCGCUGAUCUUUGCUCGGCUUGA